AUGGCUGCAUUCCAGUACUGUGAAACAGCGUUUGCCAGUACCAACUACUCAAUUAUCGACUCGCUCUAUUUUGUCAUGGUGACAUUAUCCACACUUGGUUAUGGAGGUGGUGGAGGCCAUGUGAAUCACGGUGUACUUCCGUUUAUUUUGAUUAUCGGCGCCUUCCGACCUGAUCAAGUUAGCGAGAUACUUGAUGGCUUUCUGAAUAGGGAAAAUGCGGAAAGUCAUCUGAAUGUUGUUUUUCUCGAUAUCAAUAAGCCGGCCGAAGAUCUCAAAUUAAUGGAGCGUAACUCCAUGUGGGGUCCCCCCGUCCAGUUUUUGCAUGGUUCCGUUUUCAAUGAUAAAACGCUGCAGAGAGCGAGAGCGCGUUAUGCAAAUGCCAUCUUUACAAUUUCAGACCAAAAUGCACGAAAUACCGCAGAAGAAGAUGAACGCAACACAGUCCGUCUCUGGUCACUCUAUUGCUACACUGUGAGCCAUAAUGUGCCCAUAUACACAUACAAUUUAUCGCCUACGACUGCCAUCUACCAAAAGGUUGCCAAAGAAAUUAUCUGCGUCCAGGAAUUUAAGCAUUAUCUCCUAGCAAUGAACUGUCGUUGUCGUGGUGCAUCAACUCUUUUGACGAAUCUGCUGCAUCAGCGGCAACCCAUGAAUCGUUAUGACGAACCAUGGCAGGCUCAGUAUGACGAUAUCUCGUGUUAUGAAAUUUGUACUGCAAAACCACCAGAGUUUCUGAUCAAUGUGGCAUUUGCUCAUGCUGCUUGGGUUUGUUUCAAAGAAUGCCAGGUCAUUUUGUUUGUUAUCAAAACAUACGCUGCAGACCGAGGAGAUCAUGAAAUCUUGCUGAACCCAAGCAACGAUUACAUCAUCAAGGCAACCGGUCUGUGUGUAUACAUUUUCGAAAGCCCAAAAGAGAUCAAGGAUAUCAAAUACCUGAUUCAUGUCUAUGUAUGGCAAAUGAUCCGCUCAUUGCGAGUGACGCGCCAAGCGAUUCUGCCACCACCUCCGAAGAGAGAUGCGAAAGUAACAUCAGCAAUAGGGACUGCACCGAUAGCACCGUACGCUAUGCCACCAUCAGCAAACCAACAGCAGCAGCGGCAGCAGAUCGACCAAGAUCACUACCUAAAGGGCCUUACAAACUGUCUCCUGAACACCCCACGACUUCAACAAUCUUCUUACUAG